AUGGCGGGAGCCCCACACGAGAAAUGGGGAAACCAGGUUGAAUAUUUGUUAUCAUGUUUGGGGUACGCUGUUGGUAUUGGAAAUCUUUGGAGAUUCCCAUAUUUGUGCUACAGGAAUGGUGGAGGAGCAUUUCUCAUACCAUAUUUUUUGACACUGGUAAUUUGCGGGAUUCCUCUGGUGUACUUGGAGACCACACUAGGACAGUUUGCUAGUGUAGGUUGCAUUUCAGUGUUCAACAUCAACCCCCUGUUUAAGGGUGCGGGUUAUGCUACCAUAAUACUAAAUGUAAUAGCGGUGACAUAUUUUGCAUCUAUAAUGGCCUAUCCUAUUCUGUACAUUUACCACUCUUUUAGCUCGCCUCUGCCUUGGCAAACAUGCGGGAAUUCAUGGAAUACCGAGAAGUGCACCGAGAUUACAGGGAAUUCCAGCAUUUUCAAUUCAAAUGGUUCGAUCACAACACCCGAAGAUGAAUUCUUUCAUAUUCGACUUUUAAACAUGUCUGAGGGAAUAAGCCACAUUGGAGGCAUCGUGUGGCCAGUUUUCUUUUGUAACGUGAUCUGCUGGAUUCUUGUUUAUCUCUGUAUAUGCAAUGGUGUCAAGAGCGUCGGAAAGAUCGUCUACUUCACUGUUUUAUUUCCAUACUUUGUACUUUGUGUUCUACUCGUUCGUGGACUUACCCUACAGGGUGCAUGGCAGGGAAUUCUUUUCUAUAUUCUACCGGAUUGGGGUUCACUAGCUAAACCAAAGGUGUGGGCUGAUGCUGCAACCCAAAUCUUCUACUCUUUAGGUCCUGGCUGGGGAGGUUUGGUCAGCAUGGCCAGCUUCAAUAGGUUUCAUUAUAACAAUUUGAAGUCCUCAAUAAUAAUACCGCUUGUAAACAGUGGUACCAGUAUCUGGGCAGGGUUUGUGGUGUUUUCAGUCCUCGGAUUUGCUGCCGAGCGAGCUGGAGUGCCAGUCGGCCAGGUGGCCACGGCUGGACCAGGAUUGGCUUUUGUUACUUACCCAGCUGCGGUUGCAAUGAUGCCUGCACCCAAUUUUUGGGCAAUCACUUUCUUUGUUAUGUUGUUUUUCCUCGGUAUCGAUACUAUGUUCGUGACCAUCGAAGCAGUGAUAGCAGGGAUAUUAGACGAAUUCCCAAAGCUGCGUGUUCGUAAAAGGUGGAUAACCCUCCUAACCUGUGUAGUAUUAUUUCUACUAUCAAUAAUCUGUAAUACUGAGGGCGGUCUCCAUGUCUUAGGGCUUCUAGACGCACACGUGGCAAUAGCGUGUGUUCCUUUGGUAUGCCUUUUGGAGUUAGUGGGUGCCGUUUAUACGUAUGGAGCGAAGAAACUGAGCGCAGAUAUAGAGUUUAUGACUGGUCAUCCGCUUAAGCCGUUUUGGCUCAUUUUAUGGAGAUAUAUCUUGCCAGUUAUUCUCAUCGUAAUCACAAUUUACACAUUGCGCGAAGCUUCUGGUUUUGCUGGUUGGUGCGUUGCGCUUGCGUCUGUCAUUUGCAUACCAAUUCAUAUUAUUAGACUUAUCUAUCAGACGAAAGGACCAUUACUAAAGCGAAUACGAAGCAACUGCCAGCCCCACAAAGAUUGGGGUCCAACUGACCCUGAAAUUCGCCAACGAUGGAUUGCCGCCACGAAUAUACAAGACAACGGCACUCAAGAAAUGAAGAAUAUAUAA